AUUUAUAAUGGCGGUAAAAAUACCAUAUUUUGAACAUACUGAAAUCUGUAAAUGACUCAAGGCAAUUGAGGCGGUCUGGUUGAGGCUAAAGCUGACACUUCCUACCCAUGGGCUCUUCUGACUAUCCAUGGAACUGCACUCCUACAGAGAAAACUUCCCUUACUUCUGAAAAGGCCUGGAAAAACAUCACAAAAAUAGCUUUACCCAUUUUCUUAGUUUAGUUCUACAGAAUUAGUCCUUUCAUUUUAGUCAUAUAACUGGAUUCUGUAACUAUGCAAUACAUCAACUUGCCAGAGAUGAAAAUUCACGUCAUUCUGAUGCCUCAAUGUGAGACCAUCUCUCCUGAAAGAUUGCUGUUGGAGUUCCUCUUUUUGCAAAAAUCAGAUCCAGGAAAGAUAAAAUGUGCUCUACGGUACAUGCUGGGGAGUGGGUAUGUAAUCCAGAAAGUCCUACAGAGGCACACGUUUAUCAUUUCAAUGGCUGAAUGGAAAGUUCAACACUUGUUUCAGAAGUCAAAGCCCUGUGCUGGAUUUGACCUUACCUCGCAAGUAGUUUUUGGAGCCCUGAAAUGGCACCGUUUGGUGAAUACAGGGCUUUUCCUUGGGCUCCGGAGGGGCUGCAGCUGGUCCAGGGCCAGGCACAGAAGACGGGCAGAGGAGGAGGCGUCCCUCCAUCGUCGCCGCUGGGCACAACACGGCAGCCCGGCCACCAGCAUCACGUCCCCCCCCCGGGCGGACUGGGGCGAGGGUCCACCUCCUCCUCCCUGCCAGCAGCCCUCUCCGCUGGGUGGGCAAGGGGAGCUCGCUUCGCUUUCUGCCGUAACGGGCUGGAGGCUGCAGCGAGUCCCUGCUUCGGGAAGGGGCCACAGGUCGGGUCCUGCAGCUGCUGUAAAUAGUCGCAGCACUAUUUAAUUCAAUGCAGCCUUUAUUUACAUCAGCUGAUCUGGCCCCACUUCUCCUGUUUUCCUGUGCUUGUUUCCUUUAAGAUGUAUUUUUAUAGCCUUGUAAAACACCACUGUAUAUUCCUGUA